AUGUACCUAAGGAGUCCUUGCUGUAUUCCUUAUAAAUACGGUAGAGAGUUGUCUUGGGAGAUUCUAUUGGACAAAUUAGAAGCCGGAAGCGACUUCUCCAGUGGCUUCGAAGAUAUACUGCAGGAGCGAGAGGAAAACAUUAUAAAGUUUCAGAGUAUCGACGGGCGCGUUUGUUCAUGUUGUGGUGAGGUUGGAAUGUCGUAUGCUACUGAGGAUGAGCGGACUCUCGCUCUCUACGACUUAUGCCGCGAUCGACCUCGCCAAGUAGCAAAAGAACGCGAAGCAGGGGUAGAGGAUUCGAUGUUUUCCUGUCUAUUUAAUGGUGUCCUCUUGAUAGUAGAAGAAUUGUUCGGCUUGGAUAAUAUCAAAUCAGAUCCAAACCACAGUAAACAGGAAGCAAAGUGA